UUCGAUUUAAUCAGUCGGCUGCCGUUAGUGUGCCACUGCAGUUCGAGAUCGAAUCAAUAAGAUGGCAAUGCAAUCACUUGGAACGAUUGUGCUGCUGAUGUUUUCCCUGAGCUGCAGCCUUGUUUAUACACAAAAGCCAGAUGCAGCUGUCCAGCUUGCGUGCAACAAAUUUAAGCAGAUUGUCUUCGAGAAACGCGUGGCCAUUAGCUACUUCUUGGAGGAUGCCCCGAUUACCUACUCGACAGUUGACAGUUGCCACGGCUCAAGACCCCUUAUUGUAGAUGGCACACCGGCGGAGCCCAUGGAAUUCCCCCAUGCAGCUCGCCUGGGGAAUAGGGAUGCUAACAACGAAACAAAAUGGUUCUGUGGCGGAACCUUGAUAAGCAAUCGUCUAGUGCUUACAGCAGCUCACUGCUUUUUUUCUACAAAUGGUGAAGUCAACGUUGUGCGUUUGGGCGAGCUGGAGUUCGAUAAUGACCAGGAUGAUGCGCAGCCGGAGGACUUUGGCGUGCUGGCUCUUAGGCCACAUCCUGAUUUCGAGAACCCUAAACUCUACAAUGAUAUUGCCGUUAUUAAACUGGAUCGGGAAGUCAAGUUCAAUCGGUACAAACAUCCUGCCUGCUUGCCCUUUGACGACGGCGAGCAACUUGAGAGCUUCAUCGCCAUAGGCUGGGGUCAGAGGAAAUUUGCCCAGAAGCAGUCCAAGAAGCUGCUGAAGGUUCAGCUCCAGGGCUAUGGCGAUAAGUGCGUUACCAGUGUGGAGCCAAAUGAUGAACUGCCCCAUGGCUACGAGGCCAGGACUCAGCUGUGCAUCGGAUCGAAGGACAACAAGGACACCUGCAAUGGCGACUCCGGAGGUCCUGUGCUGGCCUACCACGCGACUCUACCCUGCAUGUAUCACGUGAUGGGCAUCACCUCGUUCAGCAUUGCCUGUUCCACGCCCGAUAUUCCCAGUGCCUACACAAGGGUGCACUACUUCCUCGACUGGAUUAAGCGCGAACUGGCCAACCAGACAUAAUGCGACAGUAUAUUAAUUUGAAUGCCUAAAAUGGAGUCUUAAUCUGAGUUCUCUGAGAAGCCACAAAUAUACUUUAAAAUUGUAA